CAGUUGUGCAUAUGCUGUAUAAAUAGACACAUUGGAUUGCUAUUGUUCCGUACUGAGGCAUGUGUGCACUCAUACUACAGAGUGUUUUACUAACUAUGUAAAGCCCUAAAGUUAGUCAUGUGAUACAAGGACAGUUUAUAAACCAGUUCAGAUUUGAUUCAAGGUCCAGAUUGAAACAGGGGGUAUUGUAACCUCCUAAAGGAUCCCCCAGAUCUACAGAAAACAAAGGCAGGUCUUAGUCCAAACAUGUCAGAUACAGAAGAAGUUCAAUAUGAGGAGAGUGAGGAGGAGAUUGAGGAGGGGAAUCAGGAGGUAGAGGAACAGGAGGAGGAGGUGGAGGAAGGUGUGGCCCUAGAACAAGGAGAGGAAGAAGAAGCAAAACCAAAGCCAAAAGCCUUUUUGCCACCCAUGGUUCCUCCCAAAAUACCUGAUGGGGAAAAAGUUGACUUUGAUGAUAUUUACCGUAAGCGCAUGGAGAAGGACCUGACAGAACUCCAGUCCCUGAUUGAAGCACAUUUCGAGAGCCGCAAAAAAGAAGAGGAGGAAUUAAUCGCUCUUUCCAAUAGAAUGGAAAAACGACGGACGGAAAGAGCAGCGGAGCAAAGAGUCCGUGCAGAAAAAGAGCGAGAGCGUCAGAUGAAGCUGGCGGAAGAAAAGGCACGGAAAGAGGAGGAAGAGGCAAAGAAAAAAGCUGAUGAUGAUGCCAAGAAAAAGAAGGUUCUGGGAAGCUUACAGUUCACCGGUUUAUUCCAAAGGACUGACAAGCGGGGAGGACCGAGGAAACAAACAGAGAGAGAGAAGAAGAAAAAGAUCCUUAGUGAGAGACGUAAAGAGCUAAAUGUUGAAGCCAUGAAUGCUGAGAUGCUCAGAGAGAAAGCCAACGAACUUUGGAAGUGGAUGUACCAACUCGAGGCAGAGAAAUUUGAACUACAAUACAAAUAUGUACGUCAGAAAUAUGAGGUCACUGUUCUGAGAAACAGGGUCAGCGACCACCAGAAAAAUACCAAAGGGCCUCGGAGCAAGAGAGGUUUAAGAAAAUAGAAAGUCAUCACCAAUGGGACAUUUUAAGGAGGCCUUCUUAAGAACAAACACAGUGAUGAGAUGGCACAAUUAUGAUGACAAUAAAUAAAUACAUUUGAAAUAAAACUUCAUAUGAAUUUAGUUGGUUUCAAGCAAUGUCAAUUCCUAGUGAUGGUUAUCUGUAUUGUUUAAAAUUUUAUAACAGGUUCAUAAAAGCAAUCAAAUUAACAGAAUGUACAUAUGUUCUGCUUCAUGACAUGAGAUGCAUCUUAAAGUGAAGAUACUUAAAGUUAAAUUUGUGCAAGUUUCUCAUGUAGGUUUGAAGAACUUGGAAUGACAAAUGGCCAUAUUUACACUAGUACCUAUACAGCGCUAAACACAGUUGCACAUUGUAAACCAAUAAAUCAUGAUGAAAGUU